CAGUGUAGUAGUUAUGACCUAUAUAUAUAUCAUCUUCUUCAGCCUUAUAAGUUAGGGUUUAUUUCUACGGCAAAAAAACCCAAUCUCCAAAACCCUAGACGGCGAUUAAUCGUUCGAUCCAAAAUGGACAAAAGCAUGAUUGCGGAUAUGGAAUCCCUUCCAGAAGCAGAUAAGCUAAGAAUGGCUGGCAUGAUCGAACAGCUCCAAAUCCGUGACAGUCUGAGAAUGUAUAAUUCCCUGGUGGAGAAAUGCUUUAAUGAUUGUGUUGAUACAUUUAAGCAUAAAUCCCUUCAAAAGCAAGAGGAGACCUGUGUUCGAAGAUGUGCUGAGAAAUUUCUGAAGCAUUCUAUGCGUGUUGGUAUGAGGUUUGCUGAGCUCAACCAAGGAGCUGCAACUCAAGAUUGAAGUUUGCUAACAUUGGAAAACUGUUCUUUUUGUCUUGAAUACAAUUUGUUUAAAUUAUAUUUUUUCUAUUUAAAAGUGAGAUACUGUAGAGGCAUGAAUUUCUUCAGCUGCUUUGAAUGCACAAAUGGAUGCUAAUAUCUAAAUAAAUUCAUGAAGAUGUAAUCAUUAUGCUUUAGAACCUUGAUCCUUAAUUGACAUUAUUCAGUAUUAGUACUCA